AUGGACCCUAAGUCAGGGACCAAGGAACAAAGGAGCAAGGGACCAAAGGAGGGGGAGCAAGGGGGUGGGGACAAUAAUAGUAAUAGUAAUAGUAAUAGUAAUAGUAAUAGUAAUAGUAAUAGUAAUAGUAAUAGUAAUAGUAAUAGUAACAGUACAAAGUAA